UAUCUAGGAUAGAAACUCCUCCCUCAAAACUAGUCACCCGGAGAUUUUGCCGGUUGACGGGUAAAGAGUGAAUCCACCAUAUAACUAUGUGUACAGUCGCUAUUCAUUUCUCUGCAGGUUGUAUGCCGACAAAUCAAUGCGUUUUUACUACAGAUCGUUUAUCAAUCAGUAAAGGCACCUUUUAGCUCCAAACAAGUAUGGCCAGACAUGCGGUGUUGUCUUCAGGGGCCAAAUUGUGGCGAUCUUUGCCAUGCGCGAAGUCGGAGUUGCGACUGGAGCUCACCCUUGCUUGUGGACAAACUUUCCGCUGGAGAGAAACUGCAGAGGGGCACUGGACUGGAGUCAUAGGGGGGCGUGUUUGGACCCUGACUCAAACAGAAGACACUCUUUGGUACUACGUGUACACAAACCAGAGUGGAGCUGGUGGAGAAAACAGCUCAGAAGACUCUCUGAGGGGAGAGUCUGUCACUGCCUCACACCACUCUGAGGUGGAAGCAGAGAUGCUGAGAGACUACUUCCAGUUGCAUGUGAAGCUAGGGGAUCUAUACAAGGAGUGGGGUGCGGCAGAUUCUCACUUCAAGAGGAUUUCUGACAUCUUUACAGGUGUGCGGAUGUUGCGUCAGGACCCCACAGAAUGCCUUUUUUCCUUCAUUUGCACUUCCAACAACCACAUCUCUCGUAUUCAGGGCAUGGUGGAGAGAUUGUGUCAGGCUCUGGGGAGCCCUCUCUGUCAGCUGGAUCAAACCUCCUACCAUGACUUUCCGACACUGUCCGCAAUGGCAGACAGCGGUGUAGAGGAACGUCUCAGGGAUCUGGGCUUUGGCUACAGAGCUCGGUUCCUUCAGCAGAGUGCUAAGCAGAUCCUGGACACACAUGGGCCCCAGUGGCUUGUUGGUUUACGAAACGUCCCGUAUCUGGAGGCCCGUGAUUCUCUCCGAACCCUCCCUGGAGUUGGCACCAAAGUGGCAGACUGUGUUUGUCUGAUGUGUCUGGAUAAGUGUGAGGCUGUUCCUGUGGACACACAUGUUUGGCAGAUCGCUAAGCGGGACUAUAAGUACACUUCUGAUAACAGACAAAAGACCCUCACAGAAAAAGUUCACAGAGAUAUAGGGGAUUUUUUCAGAAAGCUGUGGGGGCCAUAUGCAGGUUGGGCCCAUUCGGUUUUAUUCUGUGCUGAUCUCAAGAAGUUUCAGAACCUCAAAGAAAUGACAAGUUUAAAGCAGCCAAAAAGCGAAGAAGGGCAUGAAGGAGAGUGUAAGGGACUAAAAAUAAAGAGAGGGUUUGAUUUGCAUCAAAAAAAGAAGAAACCCAAGUCGGAACGUCAGAAGAAGGCAAAGAUCUCCAUCAAGACAGAAGAGGCGUGAAACCACAGAUCUGUGAUCAGAGCAAACAAGGAUGCACUGGACUUAUUGUUUACAAGCUUCAUGGAAAUUGGUUCAUGGUUAUAUGAUUUCUUUUUUUUAAUCUGAGGAUUAAUACUAUAAAAUUACUUUGUGCUCUUUUAUGACUUUAGAACUAUAAAACGGUGUACAGUGUGGAUUGAGAUUUGAGAUGUAAAGUGCCUUAUAUUAUUGUCAUUGUUUUCUAUGAAGAGGAUCUUUAUAAAUAAAUAGAAUUUAAUUUAAUUAAA